AUGUCAGUUAGAUUAGAUAGGCUCGAUUUAUCAAAACACGUUAUAAUUCUUACUGGAGCUACUGAUGGUAUCGGUAAAGAUAUGGCAAGGAUUUUAGCUGGAUUUAAUCCAAAACGAUUGGUUUUACCAGCUCGUAAUAAAGAAAAAGGAAAUAAUUUAUUAGAAUAUAUUAAAUCUUCUAACGGACAUGCAAAUAAUGUCGAAAUUUGGGAAAUGGAUUUAGCAGAUUUACAAAGUGUAAAAAAUUUUGCUAAUAAAUUCAUCAAUGAAGUCGGGGAAUUACAUGUUCUAAUUCAUAAUGCGGGUAUAGGCGUUCAAAAUCAAAUCAUUAAAACGAAGGAUAACUUGGAAAUACAAUUUCAAGUCAACCAUCUAGCACCAUUUUUACUUACUUCAUUGUUAUUGGAUACAAUAAAAAAAUCAGUUUCUACCGAAUUACCCGGAAAAAUUGCAUUAACUAGUUCAGAAGCAAAUCAGUUUGGAGAAAUUGAUUUUGAUAAUUUAAACCUUGAAAAAGGUAAUUACUGGAAUCCUAUUAAAGCCUAUGGAAAUACGAAAUUGAUGAAUGUUAUCGUUGCCAAGGAAUUAGGCCGUUUAGUUCAAGACGAUAAUAUUACAACAUAUUCGCUUCACCCUGGUGUAAUUCAAACGAAUAUUGGUCACUUGAAUUAUACCAUCUCAAACGUUUUAUUCAAUAUUUUUGUAUCAAUACUUAGGCUUAAGAUAUCAUCCGAACAAGGUGCCAUGAAUACUCUUUAUCCUAUAUUUCCUCUCGAAAUUAAAGAAACAGGAAAAUACUAUAAUUUAGGAAUUGAGCAUGAGCCAAAUAAAAUUGCAUAUGACCAAGAAAUUGCAAAAAAACUCUGGGAUGUUUCUGAACAAAUAUUAAAAGAUCACAAUAUGAUUUAA